CCGCAGCCGCGACCAGAAGAGACUCAGAGCAAGCUCCGUUCGCUGUAAAGCUUGUAAAGAUCCUCUCGCCAACUUCAUCGCUGAAACCCAUUCGAUGGCCAUGGCGCUGCAGCAUCAUGACUUGGAUCUCUUGCAACGCAUUCUUAAGGAGCUGGAACAGAAGGAAGUGAACGAGGGCUCGCGACAGGAGAUCGCUCAGCCUGCGUUGCCUACCCCUCAGAGGCGAAGGAAAACCAUCUCGCGAGGAAAUUCCGGACAUCAGGCCGAUGCUGAGACGCAAUAUUCCUCAUCCCCUUGGUCGACGACGACUUCGCCCUGCUCCAGCCUUCCACCGGCAGAGGUCCGGGACCACCGCACGGUCCGCGUGCCGUUGCAGCUCGAAAGUGCCUUGCGCAUCCGACCCCCACCAGGGCUUCCAGAGCCCUUGACGGAGGCCAGCGCCAGUGAGCCAUCAAGCACCGAGCCCCCUGCCGAGCCCCUCGAGCUGGGUGGCUUUCAGUGGACCAUUACGAACCCAAAUGCCAAGUUCAAAGGCAGCUGCGGCUGCGCCCUGGUGUCACCGCCAUUCUCAGCAGGAGGCUUGGAAGGUUUGCGUGUGAUUUUCUCGCCGGGGGAGAGUUGGGCCAACGCGCAGCCCAAAGACAAGAAGAUGAAGAAGAAGGAGGAGAAAAGCAAGGGUUGGCCGAAAGCCCCGCGCUUCGGGUCUUUACAGCUGAAAUUUGGAGAUCAACCCACCGUGCAGGAAGUCACACUCUUCUUCCAGGUCGCUGACACUCGUCAGCUCGGCCCUUUCACGGCCUGCUCAGAACAUUGCACCUCACAGGUGUGCGAAUUGGCCUCCGACUGGCGAUCCUUGGUCGACCCGUCGGGCUCUUUGACCAUCCGAGUUGAGGUUUUAAGCUGAAUUUGGCACCUACGAACAGAGCAAUCUGAACUUCAGUCCGCCCUUUCGCAUAGUUCCCGAUCUGAUCGCAGUGGCUCUCUCCACGUCCGAACGCCCGUCGACACUUGGUGCGCUUCGAUGCCUGGCC